UCCUUUAUGUCAACAAGCGUGAAAAAUACUGAUCAACAAAGAAAAUCAGACACAAUUGGUAAGAGCGAACCAGUAAAACCGAAGAAAAUCGAGCUUAGUUUCUCCUUUGAUAAGAAUGAAAAACAAGAUAGCAAAAAGAAAGGGAAAAAUGAAAAUGAGCACAGCCAAAAUAUCACCCAGUUACACCAAGAAAACAUCAAAUGCAGAAGACAUGAGUCUAGAAGGCAAUAGUAUGAAACCAGCAGCAAGAUUAAACAGUUCUUUUAAAGAGAUGAAGAAGAAACAUAAGACGCCGAGUACAAUGAAGAAAGUCAAGCAGAGUUUUGGCAAAUUCAAAGCUCCAAUGAAAAGCAAAGUAUCACCAAAUGGUUCAUACGUACAGACCUCGAUAUCUGAAGCAAAGGAGACAUUGCAAGAAGUUCUAGAAAUGUCGCAAUGCAAGGAUGCACGAGAUGAUGAUGAAAACUACGUUAGUAUAGAAUCACUGGAGAGCGAUAUCAGAGAUCUUUACGAUGAGUUGUCACAAUCUGCUGGAAUGGAGGACAACAACGAUCUUCAAGAGAGUGAUUGCGUUAGUAUGGAAUUCAUUGAAGAACAAAUUUCUAGAAAUUCAAGAAAGAAUAUUUCAAAGAAAAACUUAACGGACUCACCUGAAUUUUAA